AGAAAAMGCCWUGGAAAYACGUAGAAGUCGAAUUGCGUCCAUCGCUCUCAUCCACUGCAAUCAUAGUUGUCAUACCGGUAGCAUCAGCCACUUCCUUGCAAGCGGCACCGUAAAGAACAAAAUCAAUCCAGAGAAUCCCUCUCCUGGACAAUCGAUGAACCAUGCCAGGAAUCUUUAGCACAUGCAUGACCCCGGGCAGAGUCGGGGGCGAGAGAAGACGAAGGAGGGGCUUCGAUAGCAUCAGCAGCUCGUCGAGCCGAACGGAUAGCAUGGAGAGCUCGAGCUAUUCCGAACGAAGCCGAAAGUCUGGUUGCAGCAGUUAUAGCCGUUCCACCRCCACCCGGGCACAAUCYUCCACCACAUCUCCACCGCGUGGGUUUUACUCAAACAAGGAACACAAGGCGAUGAUAUUCACGGCGGUAGCUGACCGAAGACUUGCCGGGGACCAAGAAUGCCCCAGCUCGUGUCAGAGGCAACAAAAACAACAGUAUCAACCAUCCGACCCUUCUUCGCCCUGCGAAUGGGGAUAUUUUGUUGAUACCGUUUAGUCGGCAGGAAAUGAGGCAGGAAUAGACAAGAACACAACGUGUUCGAACUAGAAUAGAGACAUACAUUAGAG